AAACUCUCCUGGAUGACUUCCUUCUCACGUACACAGUCUUCAUGACAACCGAUGACUUGUGCCAGGCACUUCUGAGGCACUAUAGUGCUAAGAACCACCAAGGGAAAGAAGAUGACUCCGAUGUGUCCUGUAGGAAACGAAAAGUCCUGCAUUUGGUGUCUCAGUGGACUUCUCUCUACAAAGACUGGUUACAUGAAGAUGAGCAUUUAAAACAAUUUUUAAAGACAAUAUACAGGAAUGUGUUAGAUGAUGUGUAUGAAUAUCCCAUUCUUGAGAAAGACCUGAAAGAAUUUCAGAAGAUACUUGGGAUGCAUCGCCGUCACACUGUAGAUGAAUAUUCACCUCAUCGAAAGAAUAAAACCUUUUUCCAUCAGUUCAGUGUAAAGGAGAACUGGCUACAACACAGAGGAACCAUGAAUGAAACAGAAGAAAUUUUCUGCCGUGUGUAUAUAACAGAGCACUCCUAUGUCAGUGUGAAAGCUCAAGUAUCCACUUCAGCUCAGGAGAUACUGAAGAUUGUGGCAGAAAAGAUCCAGUACCCGGAGGAGGAGUUGGCACUGGUGACAGUCGCAUUCUCUGGUGAAAAACAUGAACUGCAACCAAAUGACUUGGCUAUCUCAAAAUCUUUGGAGUCAUCCAGUCGCAUGUUUGUCUACCGAAAAGAUCUGACUGAUUCUUUGAACCCUUUUGCUGAAAAUGAGGAAUUACAGCAAAGGUCUGUGAGAAUUUUGGGAAUCAACACCUGGGAUCUUGCCUUAGAACUAACAAACUUUGACUGGAGCCUCUUCAAUGCAAUUCAUGAGCAAGAGCUGAUAUACUUCACGUUCAGCAGACAGGGCAGUGCUGAAAACACUGAGAAUCUCAGUCUCCUGCUUCAAAGAUGCAAUGAGGUUCAGCUUUGGGUUGCCACCGAGAUACUCCUCUGCAGCCAGCUCUGCAAACGUGUACAGCUAGUCAAAAAGUUCAUCAAGAUUGCUGCCCACUGUAAAGCCCAAAGAAAUCUGAAUUCAUUCUUUGCUAUUGUUAUGGGUCUCAACACUGCAUCUGUCAGCCGGCUGUCUCAGACCUGGGAGAAAAUUCCUGGGAAGUUCAAGAAACUUUUCACUGAACUUGAAAGUUUGACAGACCCUUCUCUGAAUCACAAAGCUUACAGAGAUGCAUUCAAGAAAAUGAAAUCUCCGAAAAUCCCCUUCAUGCCCUUACUUCUGAAAGAUGUAACCUUCAUCCACGAAGGAAAUAAAACGUUUCUGGAUAACCUUGUUAAUUUUGAAAAACUGCACAUGAUUGCAGAUACUGUUCGGUCAUUGAGACAUUGCAGAAAUAACCAAUUUGGCAAUGAAGUUCCUUCGAAAGAGCAUCAUGAGCUGAAGCCAUACGUCCAUCACCUGCAUGUCAUCGACAACCAGCAAGCUCUGUUUGAGCUUUCUCACAGGAUAGAGCCGCGAGUGUGAGCGUACACAGCUUCAUAUAACCUUGUAACUGCAGCACUUUGAAUUAAGUGAAUGUUUAUGCCAAGCAUGUUGCUUCCCUAUAUAAGAACGGUUUACUGAGUUUUAUCAGUAGCUCACACAACAUGCGCAGGAAAAUCAGGCAAGAGCCAGCAAAGGAGCUGCUCACAGAGUUGCAGUGCAAGCUUUGGUGCCAUUUUUGCUGGUCACCAACACAUGAGGGAGUGGAGCAGCAUCCUUUGAGCUCAGGAGCUUGGUUUCUGUGAAAAUAUUGUUUGGUCCAGUGUAGCUUUCAAUGCAGAUUCUGCCAGUAUUAGAAUCAAAGGAAUGAUCAUGUCACAGCAGCAAAACAUUUCAGCAAGCAACAUGCCACGAGGGGACUGAUUCCCAGUUCACCACAGUAUGUACCUCACUAAUUCAAGGCUGCCAAAGUACUGUUGCCAAAAAAUACUGUGUAAUCUGUGCAGCUCCCAUGAUUCCAGUGGAACAUCGUAUUUGAGAUAAGUGCAAACAACCAAAAAUGGGAAUAUAACAAGGCAGCACAACCAGCUGAAACUCAAGAGUGUGUCGUGAUGUGGAGGUCAGCAGUAAACAGUUGACAUUGUUAUGGCCCCUUUAAGAAUCUGCUUUAUAAAACACACUGUAAGAGCCAUUCCAUUUGUUGCAAUUUAUGGACACAAUUGU